AUGACAUCAGUGGCUAAAACUAUGCAUGGAUGCUUACAUGAAACAGAAGUGUCUGGAACAAAUCCAGAACACAUUUCUAUACUUCACGAUUUUUUAUCAAAAUUUUAUCUACAUGAGAUAACCUUUGUGGCUCACUUAAAUAGUGUCUAUUCUAUAUAUGAUACUGAACGUGUGGAAUGUAUUACAUUACAGUUACGAUUAACGUUUGACACUAAACAUGAUGUAAAUCAUGUGCGUGCUCUUCUCGACUUCUUUUCAAAUCCGACCAGGCAACCACAGGCAUGGCAUCAUAUUAACAUUGAUCAGCAUUUAUUAACUGAUGUGGCUGCUCAUUAUAUGAAUCCAUUUACUGCAAUAUGUCCAGCAUGCAAUCAGAAUCUAAAUUUGAACGAUUGUAAUAGGACAAUGGUUUACAUUUGUCAUCAACGUGGAAAAGUGCUGCCAGGUAUUGUUUAUUCAUUGAAAUGCAAACACAAGAAGAACAAUGAUCAAUCGAACGCUAGACCUUUAACGAUCUAUCCUAAUUUUACAGAGCAAGUUGACAUAAAAAGAAUCUGUACAAAAAAACAAUAUACAGCUGAUUUAAUUUGUAAUGCCAACUCGUGGAUGAAAACCGUCGAUAGCUUAAAUCGGCAAGCAUUUAAUGGUGAACAACACCAAGAACAUAUUACGGACAGGCGAACAUUAGCGCGAAUGAUGUUUAUUUAUAAUAUUGUUCAGUUUUAUUUGUUUAUAGGCUCUCCAUGUGCUGACUUGCCAAGGUCUUUAGAUCAAUAUGAUGACUGGGUAUGGAGUGUUUAUCCUCGGUUAUUUGCCUCAUUGAUUUAUUUCUGGUCUCGACACAAAGAAAUACUAGGACCGUGCACUGGAAAUAAAUGCUCAGAAGCUUUAGUGGUUGAUGGGCAUCAAAAGUGUCGACGUCGUGUUUGUAAAGCAAAGGAAAUUGAAAUAAAAAACGAUUUGUUUGAAAAAAUGAUUGUGGGAUGCUGUCGUACUCCACUUCGUUAUUCUAAAUAUUGUGAACUUCAUCUUCAUAAACAUCCAGAAACUGGCAAUAACAAACAGAGAAAUAGCCGAGAGCUUGUUAUUUCUUCACAUAUUCGAAGUUGCCGUACUAGCAAGGCAAGAGGUGAUUCUUAUGUACGUAAAUGUGCACGAAGUUUUGGUGUAAUAGCAGCCGUAACUAACUGUUGUAUUGUAACUACGUUUGGUGAAAUUUUUAGAACGGAGACUCUAAAAGAAAUACUACAGUUAUUAACGAAUAGCAUAAAGGUAUAUGGAGUAGUGCCUAAGACGGCUGUUUAUGAUGACGGUUGUCAUUUGAUUGAAUAUCUACAUAAACAUAUUGGAAAAGAUCUAGUUGAAACAUAUGCUGGAAAGGCACUUUCUCAGAUCAAAUUUAGUGUAGAUAGAACACACUUUCGCAAUCACGUUGGAUCUUAG